AUGCACCGCCCGUUUGCCCAGCGGCCAAGCUGCCCAAAUCCUCGUCGGAUCUAUCAGAUCUGCACCUUCAUCACGGCUCCCACGCCCUCGCCGCUUGGUUCACAGCUUGCCAAGCCCCCGUUUGCAACACUUGGCGCCUGCCCUCGCAGAGUCAGGCCCCUCCAAGGGAUGCCCAACGCAGGCUUGUCGCCAAAGCCAAUCUUGCCAACCUCCAGGUCUUACCGUUUUGGCCCACCCAAGCCUUCGAAGCAUUCCCUCCCGGAUGAGGCCCAGACGGGACCCUCCAGGGCGAAAGCUUCUUGCAAGCAAGGGAAUGUGGGCAUCAAAGACGUCGUCCUCGUCAUCGAGCACGCCUUGGAUCAGCUUCUGGCCCACGGCAGGAUCCCGCACGAGGACGAGGUCGCAGCCGCAUUACGCAAGUGCGCCAAAGCUGCCAGUCUGAUCCACGCCGGGCCAGCGAGUCCUCUUCACCUCGGCGAGUCUGCCGAGUCAGACACCGCAGCGUCGUCGCUGCUAUCUAUGGACGGACCUAGCUCAGAGCUGACGCAGUCCAUGGACACCAGUGCCGUCCUAGACCCCCCUCGGGUUAGCGAGCUGGCGGACCGCAUAUCCGAAGCCGCCUUUGUCAUUGUCUCUCACCCAGACGUCGUCAUUACAUCGCAGGUCUUGGAACUCUAUCUGGACACCCAGGCCCGACUUGGCAAGGUAAAGACUCUCCCGCACGUGCUGGCUUUGUACGCCUCGAAACCGAAACCUCGACGAAGCCGUGGUCCGUUGCAGUACUUUAAGCAAAAUCCCGAUAGGGCAGCCAACGCUGUCGAUCCCGACCUCGUUGACAAAGCGCUGAACGCUGCUAUCGAGGCCAAGAACCUUGAUGCAGCCAUCGGUAUCAUCGAAAAUAGCUACGCAACCAAGGCGUUCAUCCGGGCGAAGCUGCUCAAGAAAGCUCUGCUCCCUGCCUCGGCUGUAGUCGCGACUCCCAUCGCCGUGUACCUGCUGGCGUCCAGCCUGUCUCAUCUCCAGAAUUCUUUCGACCAGAAGACGGCAACCGCCGUGGCCACGGCCGGUAUCCUAGCCUACGUUGGGUUUACCGGCUGGAUGGGCGCCCUGUCCGUUAUCACGCAAAAUGAUCAUAUGAAACGCGUGACGUGGGCCCCAGGGAUUCCUUUGAAGGAACGGUGGAUUCAUGAAGAGGAGAGAGCCGCCCUGGACAAGGUGGCCUGCUCCUUCGGCUUCUCGCAGGCUCAUCGAUUUGGCGAAGAGGAGGGUGCUGACUUCCAAGCGUUGCGCGAAUUCAUCCUAUGCAAAGGCAUGGUCCUGGAUAGGGUCGAGUUGAUGGAAGGUAUGAGCUGA